AUGAGUGCUGGCUCCGGCUUCCCGCUGCUGCUGCUGCUGCUGCGGGGAGAAAAGAUCUUCAUCCCCAAGAAGCACCGGGCGCGCUUCGACGAGGUGGUGUCGCAGGGUCUGCUGGGCAAGCUGUGCCGCGCCCGGCGGGCGCAGGGAGCGCAGCGGCUGCGCCGGAGCCGCAGCGAGGAGCGGCCGGAGCGCCUCCUGGUGUCCACUCGCGCCAGCGCCGCCCCGCGCCGCCCGGACGAGCCGCCCCCGCGCAAGGCUUCCUCGCUGCUGGGCGGUCGCGCGGGCCCGGGGGGCACGCGCAGGACAGUCCGAGUCUACAAGGGCAACAAGAGCUUCGGCUUCACGCUGCGCGGCCAUGGGCCUGUCUGGAUCGAGUCUGUCCUGCCUGGGAGCCCGGCUGACAAUGCUUCCCUCAAGUCAGGCGACCGGAUCCUCUUCCUCAAUGGACUGGACAUGAGGAACUGCUCCCAUGACAAGGUGGUGUCCAUGCUUCAAGGCAGUGGCGCGGUGCCCACGCUGGUGGUGGAGGAGGGGCUUGUCCCGUUUGCCAGCGACUCCGAUUCUUUGGAUUCCCCCAACCCGUCCUCGGCGCUCACCUCCCUGCAGUGGGUGGCAGAGAUCCUACCCUCCAGCAUCCGGGUUCAGGGGAGGACUUUCAGCCAGCAGCUGGAGCACCUACUCACGCCUCCCGAGCGCUAUGGGGUCUGCCGGGCACUUGAGAGCUUCUUCCAGCACAGGAACAUUGACACCCUCAUCGUGGACGUCUACCCUGUGCUGGACACGCCUGCCAAGCAAGUUCUUUGGCAAUUCAUCCACCAGCUGCUGACUUAUGAGGAGCAGGAGCUGUGCCGGGAGAAAAUCGCGUGUUUCCUGGGCUACACGGCCAUGACAGCAGAGCCAGAGCCCGAACUGGACCUGGAGCCUGAGCCUGAGCCUGAGCCCGAGCCGGUGCUGGAGCCCCAGCGACGCAGCUCCCUGAGGGCCUCCUCCAUGUGCCGCCGCAGUCUCCGGUCCCAGGGCCUGGAGGCCAGCCUCAGUUGCGCAGGUCCCGGUGACUGUCCCGAGAUGCCUCUUCCUCUAAUCCCAGGCGAGCGCCAGGCAGGCGACGGCACGUCCCUCCCUGAGACCCCCAAUCCGAAGAUGAUGUCAGCCGUCUAUGCGGAGCUCGAGUCCCGACUGAGCAGCAGUUUCAAAGGGAAGGUGGGGACCACGUCCAGAUCCCGUGCCUCCCCGCCAGUGCCCAGCCCGGCAGGUGCAGCAGGGCACAGGACCCUGUCCAGCGUCUCGUGGCCCAGCGAGCGGCUCCUGCCCUCCCCCUGCUACUACCCACUGUGCUCAGGGGGCCUGGCCUCCCCCAGCAGCUCUGAGUCUCACCCCUACGCCAGCCUGGACAGCAGCAGGGCGCCCUCCCCACAGCCAGACCCCGGGCCCAUCCGCUCCGACAGCCCCCCAAGUCCGGACCCUGCCCGCCCACCCAGCCGCAGGAAGCUCUUCACCUUCUCCCGCCCCAUGCGAAGCCGGGAUACUGACCGCUUCCUGGAUGUGCUCAGUGAGCAGCUGGGCCCCCGGGUCACUGUCGUGGACGAUUUCCUGAGCCCUGAGAAUGACUAUGAGGAGGCUAUCCCACCCCCUGCCCCAGGCUAUCCCACUCUCCCUCACCUUGCUCCGCCCUGGCAGAUGAGCUUCCACGAUGACCAGGGCAGCUUUGUGACCAACGAACGGAGCAGCGCUAGCGAGUGCAUCAGCAGCAGUGAGGAAGGCAGCUCCCUGACCUACUCCUCCGUCUCCGACCACAUCCCCCCACCCCCGCUCAGCCCCCCGCCUCCGCCGCCUCUGCCCUUCCAUGACCCUAAGCCCAGCUCCCGCACCCCCGAUGGUCCUCGGGGCCCUGCUCAGACACUGGUCAAGCCCCUCACCCAACUCAGCCACCCAGUCCCUCCACCGCCCCCGCCACCCCUCCCCCCACCGGUGCCCUGUGCACCCCCCAUGCUGUCCCGGGGCCUGGGCCACCGCCGAAGUGAGACCAGCCACAUGAGCGUCAAGCGCCUACGGUGGGAGCAGGUGGAGAACUCGGAAGGCACCAUCUGGGGUCAGCUCGGGGAAGAUUCUGAUUAUGAUAAGCUGAGUGAUAUGGUAAAAUACCUCGAUCUGGAGCUCCACUUCGGCACCCAGAAACCUGCUAGUGGUUGCAGGAUGGAAGACAAAGGCCUUUGUCCAUCCAGGAAGCAUCUGCAAGAGCCGUUGCCCGGGCCCGAACCCUUCAGGAAGAAAGAAGUGGUGGAGAUCCUGUCUCACAAGAAGGCCUACAACACCUCCAUCCUGCUGGCGCACCUGAAGCUGAGCCCCGCGGAGCUGCGGCAGGUGCUCAUGAGCAUGGAGCCCCGGCGCCUGGAGCCCGCGCACCUGGCGCAGCUGCUGCUCUUCGCGCCCGACGCCGACGAGGAGCAGCGCUACCAGGCCUUCCGCGAGGCGCCCGGCCGCCUCAGCGAGCCCGAUCAGUUCGUCCUGCAGAUGCUGUCGGUUCCGGAAUACAAAACCCGCUUGCGCAGUCUCCACUUCCAGGCCACCCUACAGGAGAAGACAGAAGAGAUCCGGGGCAGCCUGGAGUGCUUGCGCCAAGCCUCCCUUGAGCUCAAGAACAGCCGGAAGCUCGCCAAGAUCCUGGAGUUUGUGUUGGCCAUGGGCAACUAUCUCAACGACGGACAGCCCAAAACUAACAAGACCACAGGCUUCAAGAUCAACUUCCUGACGGAGCUGAACUCCACGAAGACUGUGGAUGGGAAAUCUACCUUCCUGCACAUUCUUGCCAAAUCGCUGAGCCAGCACUUCCCAGAACUCCUCGGCUUUGCUCAGGACCUGCCCACUGUGCCCCUGGCUGCCAAAGUGAAUCAACGGGCCCUGACCAGUGACCUAGCUGACCUCCAUGGCACCAUCAGUGAGAUACAGGCUGCUUGCCAGAGCACGCCCCCCUCCAGUGAGGACAAGUUUGCUGUGGUCAUGACAUCCUUCCUAGAGACGGCCCAGCCGGUGCUGCGGGCCCUGGACGCACUGCAGCGGGAGGCCACCGAGGAGCUGGGCAGGGCGCUGGCCUUCUUCGGCGAGGAUUCCAAAGCCACCACCUCUGAGGCCUUCUUCGGCAUCUUUGCAGAGUUCAUGAGCAAGUUUGAGCGAGCACUCAGUGACUUGGAAGCUGGGGACGGCCCACGCAGCUCAGGGAUGGUUUCGCCCCUGGCCUGGUGACCUCCGGAGCUCAUCUUGCCCAAGGCCCAGCCCAGUGGCCUGGAGCAGCCCUGAGUGGCCUGGGUGCGGGAGGUGGGGCCCGGCCUCCCCGCAUCUCCAGCUACCUCAGCUGUCGGGCUCUGGGUACCGGGAAGGUUCAGGGUCAUCCAGGCUUCCCUCUGUGGGCCUCGGCCCCCGCUCCAAACAAGCACUGGGACAUGGGGCAGAGCGGAGGCGCCAACUCCCCGAGGAGCAUGAACCACGGCUGCCUGCAGGCGUGCUCAUAAUGGGGGGCCUGGCUUUGCCCCUCCUGGCUCCGAGGGGCCUUCAAAGCAGCCGCUGGCUGUACGCACCCUCAGGACUCUGGUCUGGUCCCGGGGAAGGGUUUGUGGGUGGGGGUGGGGGCCGUGACCAGCAAGUGGAUUGUGAGGUGGCCCCCAGUCUGGGGCAGUGUCUGCCAUCUGCCCCUCAGAGCUCGGCCAGAGCACACUCUGCCCCAAGCGAGGACGUCGGAACCUUCUUUCCAAGUCUGCUCCCAGUGGGCUGAAGGGACACCCUUGCAAAACACACACCCUGGACCCCAGAGAAGGUGACAGAUGCCCUUGAACAUGCCAUGCCAAUGGGCACGAUAGGCCUGUGGUCCCUCACCCAGCCCCGGCCUCCUGGGACCGCUUGGAAGAAGGCAGGGAGGAAAGACACACCCAGGUGCAGGGACCUGGGAGCCUGGGUCUCGGAAACUGGAAAAACUGCAGUUGACUGCAGCCCAGCAGGGCAGGCAGGAGAGAUGCUGGGCAGGGAUAAGGGGGAGAACUGGGGUAGGAAGGCACGCCUCGUCAGAUGGUAGAAUUGAGGGUUUUUAUCCUACAGACAAAUUUAAGUCCAGUUUGGAAGUGGCGAGUUUGAAGUGGGGCGUCUGAGAAUGGGACGGCGUGGCCAAGGUGGGAGCGGGGAGGACAGAGAGAUGUUGCGGUUCUGGUGAGCAGGAUUUGGUGGCCGAUUGCCUGGCUGGGUGGCAGUGACGUUCCCUGGAAGAGGUCACAUGAGCAGAGCAGGUGUAGCGGUGGACGACACAAUGGGACAUGCUGGGGCCCCCAGAGGCUGUUUCCCGUAUGUGCCUGGAGGCCCUCGUGAGGAUGGGAGGAGAGGAGACAGUUACCUGGAUCCUAGGGACAGGGAUGCUGUGGGUGGGGAAGAUGUGUUAACUUCUUUCAUCCUUUCCUUGCUCCAGUGGGCAAUUUCCGGCAUCAGGCAGAUUCCUCUUUCCUUAACUUUCUUCCAGAGAAGUCCGAAAUGCACUUUAAACCUGUCUCUUGGAUUCUUUUUCUCUGCCUACAACCAAAUGGCUAAUGCUGCUCUCGGAUGGGAUUUGGGACCCAUUCCGUUCUUCCCAGUCUCCCACAGACUGCUCUUUGAAGCCAUGUAUGUCUGUGCUUGUUCUCCACGCACAGCCACCGUGUAAAAAUGGCUAAAUCGAAGCGUGCAAUUCAGCGGGGGUAGGGAGAGAGGUUCGGAUGUGGCUAGUGGUGCACAUUGGUCCCCAGCAGCUCAAGCUAGAUAAUUUCAGGAAUUACCAAGGCCCAUGUCUCUGAGAAACAUGUCAGACAGUUAAAAUCCCUGUGUGAGAUCCACAGACACAAUAGACUCCACCAGGCUGUAAGCAGACGUGAUCCCCAAAGUAAAUCCAGCCCCGUGCCGGGGGGCACGGGUUGGCAAGCCAAGCACUAGCUCUGUUUUCUCUCUAAAUGCCUUGUAUCAGGAACCUACUUUGCCACACAAUGCCGUGUAACAGACAGUCCCAAAUCUCAGUGGCUUAAAACAGCAGCCAUCUACUGCUCAUGAGUCUGCGGGUCACCUGGGCAGUUCUGACCUGAGCUGGGCUCAGUGGACUCACUCAUGUGUGGACAGUCAUCUGUGAGUCAGCUAGACAGCUUUACUAGCCAUGCAGGGCUCUCUCCUGUGUCUGGGGCUGUGGCUGGGACAGCUGGGAUGGCUUCGCAUGGCCUCUCAUCCCCCAGCUAAAUAGCCAGGACCGUUCACGUGGUGGAGGCAGGGGUCCAAGGGAACCAGAGUCACAGAAGGCCCCUUGAGGCCUAAGCUCAGAACUGCCACCCCACCACCCCACGGUCUAUGUCAAGUGACAAAGGCCAGCCCACAUUCUGGAGAGGGAAAAUAGGCUCCACUCUUGACGAGAGAUGAUGCUAAGUCACAUUGCAGAGGGUGUGGAUUCAGGACAGGUGGAGAAGCAGGGCCAUUUUCUGAAUCAGUCUACCACCUGGCCGCUUGGCCUGACAUCUUGGUACAGAUCCCAGCCUCCUUAAAUCCUCAGUGGCCACGGUCCUGCCUGGACCCAGCACAGCUCUGGGUAGCCACCUCCUUAUGUCCUCCAGGUGGCAUGCGUCCUUCUCUCUCUCACCCAGUCACCUGACUCCACUCGGUCCAGGGGGCAGCAGUGGUCUGUGCCUGCCUAGCAACCAGUCUCCCUUUUGCUGGGAACAGCACCGUGUUUUUCCUUUGGGAAAUUAUCUCUCCCCUACUCACAGGCCCUGAGCAGUGCUGACUGAACAAGGAUGAUCCCGUGACUCUGGCUGGCUGACUUAGAGUCCAGUUAAGGCUCAUGUUAGCACUGUUUGGAAAGGGAGCUCCCUCUUUUCUGGGUGAAUUGUUGGAUACAUAGAGGGUAGAAGCCUGGAGGGGGCUCUCAGGACCACCACAUGGAGAACACCUGCCUGGGUAUGGAGCUAAUACAGGGAAGAAGAGGAGAGCAGACUACUCAAUACAACUCUUUUGUCCCUGGAUCCAACCAUGCCUGAAGCAGACUUCUGGACUUGUCAGUUUCUGGGCCAACAAAUUCUCCCCCUCCAUUUGUAAACUUUUAAAAUUUAUUUUAAGUUUUUGGCUUA